UCUCUCCGGCCAUCUUCAGCCAUGUUGCCCCGGUCAAUAUUCCUCACCACUUCCCUCUCUCUCUUCUUUCUCUUACUUCCCCAUCCAUCUAACUCCCUUACAACCAUCGGCGUCACCUUCUCCGCCUCCACUGCCAACUCCAGCCCCCACCCCCAGCCACUCGACUCAGUGGCCAAAGCCAUAGGUUCCCUCAAACUCACUGCCGUGAGACUCGAAGAUGCCGAUCCCAACAUAGUCCGAGCCUUCGCCUACACCAACAUCACCCUCAUCCUCACAGUCCCUAAUUUCAUGGUCGCCCCUAUCGCCUCCAAUCGCUCCGUAGCUCUCCAGUGGCUCUACGCCCACGUCAUCCCUUUCUACCCUCGGUCGAUCAUCACCACCAUCUCCGUCGGCAACAACUUUCUCGAAGCUUCCCCUGAAUUCGCGACGGUUCUUUUGCCCGCAAUCAGAAAUGUAUACACGGCGCUUCGAAAUUUGGGGAUUCGUCAAAUUUCAGUUUCCACUACGUUUUCGUUCAUCAGUAUAAUGGCGAAUCCGUUCCCUCCUUCGGCGGCUAGGUUUCAAGAUCCCGUUUCCGAAACUGUGAUUGGGCCUUUGCUUCAGUUUCUAAGAGACACCAAUUCGUCGUUCUUGAUCAAUAUUUACCCUUACAAUUUGUACCGAAUGAACUCCGAAAUCCCAAUAGGGUAUGCUCUGUUUCAGAAGCACCCUUUCAAUUUCAGGGAUGAUGUGACUACCGGUGUCCGGUACCGGAAUCUUUUUGACUCCAUGGUAGAUGCGGUGAUUUGUGCAAUGGCAGUGGCUGGACAUGCGAAUAUUCCGGUGAUUGUGACGGAGACUGGGUGGCCAAGCUUUGGCACGGACUCUGGCGAGGUCGAAGCAAAUCAAGCUUACGCCGAAAUGUACCUCAAGGGACUGGUUGCACACCUGAAAUCAGAUUUCGGAACACCUUUGAGGAGGGAAGGGGUGACGGAAACUUACAUAUAUCAGCUGUUUGAUGGGGAAGAAGUUCAGGGAGCUCGACCUGUGCGAAAAUGGGGGCUUCUGUAUCCCAAUAUGACUAAGAAGUAUGAUGUGGUCUUCUCCAAGUCCGCCGGAAAUGCAGAGCAACGAGCUUUUCUGACUAUUGCAGCCUGGUAUUUUGGGAUUUUUGUUCUGACGAAGUUGUGGUAGCAUCUUACAUAUUUCGUUUUCAUAAUCUUCAUUUAGGUUCUGAAUUAGCUUCCGUGCUAAUUCCUGGUGAGUUCAACCUGCGUUUUGUGAAGAAUUAUUCUCUUACUGAGAUUGUUGAGCUUUCUGUUGCUGGUUCUUGUUAUGGCAGCUUCCCUCCUUAGCAGAGAUUGCGUUUAUCGUUUGUUUAGAUGUUAAUGGCUGCAGAU